GUGUGCGUGCGUGUGCGGCGUUGCCAUGGUGACGCUCCGCGGUAGAGGCACAGGGGACGCGGAGCAGAGCGGCGGACGGCAGCAGCAGCGGAGGCCGACCAGGAGCUCCGAAUCCCCGCUGCGGGCUCCACCGGGGACCCGGAGCAGGAGCACCGUGCCCCGGCCGGAGGAUUCUGUGCCGCCCCGGCACGGCGAGCUCGGUCCUGAAGACGAUGGACAACAUGAAGAAGAGGAGGCGGCUCAGUAACAACAAAGAGGGAAAGAUCUACUCUAAAGCCCAGAGGAGGAGAACGCCGGUGCCGCUGCAGAGAGAGCCGAGUGACAGCGAGGACGGCGGCGUCGACGAUGAGGUCAGCAGGGAGGAAACGGCUGCGGACGACGACAGCAACUGCAGCGCUAACCAGAACUUUGACGCCAAACUGAGCCGAGCCUCGUCGCUCUACCAGGGACCCAGCAGUGAGUUCCUGAGAGGAACCUUCAGGAUCAGCGCCUCAGGGCCCAACACGACCCGCAGAGGAGCACUCAGACCCACUAAGAAGGCGUGGACGAAUCAAUCCGAUGAGGACGAAGACUCUGACGACGAAGCGCAACGCGUUCAGAGCGUCUCUGAAAGCUGUCGUCCGCUCGGCCUGCGCACCGACGGUCUGAUGGGGACUCGCAGAGACAAGAUGAACGCGGGAGCGGGUCUGGCAGACAUUGAUCCCAUGGCCAUCGACCACUCGGUUGGGUUUGAUAGCAUCGGAGGUCUGUCAGGUCACAUCUCAGCUCUGAAGGAGAUGGUCGUCUUCCCGCUCCUCUACCCCGAGGUAUUUGACAACUUCAAGAUCCAACCUCCCAGAGGCUGUCUGUUUUACGGUCCACCUGGGACGGGGAAAACGCUGGUCGCCCGGGCGCUGGCCAACGAGUGUAGCCACGGCAACCGGAAGGUGGCCUUCUUCAUGAGAAAGGGCGCCGACUGCCUCAGCAAGUGGGUGGGCGAGUCGGAGCGCCAGCUGCGGCUGCUGUUUGAGCAGGCGUAUCAGACGCGUCCCUCCAUCAUCUUCUUUGAUGAGAUCGAUGGUCUGGCUCCGGUCCGAUCCAGCAGGCAGGACCAGAUCCACAGCUCCAUCGUGUCGACGCUCCUGGCUCUGAUGGAUGGGUUGGACAAUCGAGGGGAGGUUGUGGUGAUCGGAGCGACAAACCGGCUCGACUCCAUCGACCCAGCGCUGCGGCGGCCCGGACGCUUCGACAGGGAGUUCCUCUUCGGCCUGCCCGACAGAGAGUCUCGUAAAGAGAUCCUUAAAAUCCACACCAGGCAGUGGAAACCUCCUCCGUCUGAGGAUUUCCUGGAUGAACUGGCUGAGAAAUGUGUCGGUUACUGCGGCGCUGACAUCAGAGCGGUGUGCACCGAGGCAGCGCUGUGCGCUCUGCGUCGGCGCUACCCGCAGAUCUACGGCACCUCCCAGAAGCUCCUGCUGGACGUCUCCUCCAUCGCCGUCAGCAGCUGCGACUUUGUGGCGGCCAUGAGGAAGAUGUCGCCGGCCUCCCACCGCCUCGCCGCUUCGCCCGCCAAACCCUUGUCACCCGUGGUCCACCCGCUGCUGGGCGCCGCCCUGCACGACAUCCUGGAAGCUCUGCAGAGGCUGUUCCCUCACGCCGAGCAGGGGAUGAAGAGGAAGAGGGAGCCAGACCUGACCUCUGGUAUCCUUGACGACGGCCUGAUAGGAGAUGAGGUCUCCAGCACAUCCAGCAUCUCCACACCGUCCACAUCCAAGAGCAAAAAGUUCCUGCACUUUGCCAGGAGUGCAGUCAAACAGCCAACGUCCCACCGUCCCAGGAUGCUCCUGGCAGGUCGUCCUGGCGCCGGUCAGACGUCUCACUUGGCUCCUGCGGUUCUGCACGCUUUGGAGCGUUUCACCGUCCACAGCCUGGACUCCGCCGUGCUCUUUGGAGUCAGCAGCACCUCCCCGGAGGAAGCCUGCGCCCAGGUGUUCUGCGAGGCCAAGCGGACGUCUCCCAGCAUCCUCUUCAUCCCCCACAUCCAGCAGUGGUGGGAGACAGCAGGGCUUUCACUGAGGGCCUCGUUCUUCAGCCUGCUGGGCAGCAUCCCCUCUUUCUCCCCGAUCCUGCUCCUCGCCACCUGCAGCAUCCCCCAUCAACGGCUGGACCCAGAGAUUCAGUCUCUGUUUCGGGAGGAGUACGGGGAGGUUUACACUGUCAGCGUUCCAACCCGGCAGGAGAGAACCGACUUUUUCCAGGACCUCAUUCUGAACCAGGCGGCCGAGGCUCCACCCUCCAGUUCAAAAACAUUGACUAAGGCCAUGGAGAUCCUUCCCGUGGCUCCCCCGCCUCCCCCCCGCCAGCUGUCGGAGCAGGAGCGCCGCCAUCUGGAGGAGCAGGAGGAGGACGUGCUGCGAGAGCUCCGCCUCUUCCUGCGUAACGUCACUGAGCGUCUGGCUCUGGACCGCCGCUUCAAGGCCUUCACCAAACCAGUGGACAUAGAGGAGGUCCCAGACUACCUGAUGGUGGUCAAGAGGCCCAUGGACCUUUCCACGCUGCUGACCAACAUCGACGAGCAGAAGUACGUCACCGUCAGAGAGUUCGUGUCUGACGCAGACCUCGUCUGGCAGAACGCCCUCGAGUACAACCCGGACAGCGACCCCAUGGACCGUCACAUCCGUCACCGUGCGUGCGCUCUAAAGGACACAGUGCGUGCCAUCAUCAGAGACGAGCUGGACGAAGACUUUGAGAGAGUCUGCGAGGAGAUCAAAGAGUCGCGCAGCAAGAGAGCUUCUCCCUGCGGGACUGAGGCCAACUCAGAGGGGGCCGACGGCGUCUGCAGCUCGUCUUUCACCAGAAACAGUCCCCGACCCCAACCUCGUAAGAAAAAACGCUACAAAAAGCCGAGAAAAUCCAAGUGGAGCACCGGCGUCAUCAAGAAAUUCAAGAAAAAGAGGCCGCCGCUCUCCGCCUCCUCUUCCUCCUCCUCCACGUCCAACAAGGCCAACUCUGAAUCAGGCCCAGAGGAGAACGGAGAAAUGAGAGCUGAGAACGGCUCUGCUGAUCCAAGCUCAUCCACCGCGUCAGAGAGCAGCGACGGGGAGCACAACCACCUGACGGGCGCCGUCAACGGCUACCAUCAUGGCUUAAAUGGCAUCCCAGGUAUCCAAAAUGGAGUCCUUGUGAAUGGGUACCACCAUGCAGAGCCGCUCGACCUUCAGCCAGCUGACAGCGUCCCCACGGGGAGGCUGAACCUCAGGGAUCGAACCCAGACCUCUAAGGCUCCCCCGAACCUGAAGACGGUGGUGAACGGGGUUUGUUUGAGCAAAAUAGAAAAGAGCAAAAGGGCCGAGACGAGCGCCAACAAGGCGGCCUUGGACCAGAUCCAGCUCUUCAACCAGGGCCGGUCUGCGGACAUCCUCGACGAGGAAACGCCGCCGCUGGUAGUCGAUCACAGCAAACUGAGGGAUGUCCUCAGCAGAGCCUUGGCGAAAACAGAGGGCGUUGAGGUGGAGCCGCUGGAAAAGCUCUACGCUCUGCUGGCUCAGUGCAUCUACAGACGCAGAAACGACUACAACAAGAUGCAGAUGAUUCAGGAAAUGAAGAAAGAAAUCAGCAGCUUCUCCUGAUCUCCUGUAACGGGUCUAUUUAAAUAAAACCUCAGUGCAUACAAACAGGAAGGUGUUCACUCCUCAUUCUGAUACGUUUAUGAUCCAUAUCAAUACCUCAAUAUUUAUCCUGUCAGCUGUUAUUUAUGAUAUUUAUCAUGUGGCCAGUUUAUAAAAGAGUAAUCUUUAUGAUGAUGCAGUAUUAUUUAACUUUAAUAUAUCUCGAUGAUGUAAACUUGAAUAAAAGUGCUAU